GUUUGUUGUUAAAGUGCUUUUCCAAAUUGGGUUGGGAGCUUGGGCCAAGAGUGGAAACAAAAGUGACCAAACUGGUUGGCGUUGUGCCCACCGUAGCCAUUUCCCAAUGCUGACGACGCGCAGGGUUAGGGGAAGGCUGGAUCACCGCUGUUGGCCGCUCACUCAUCAACUCGAGCACUGGGUGCUGCCUGUCACAGUUUUCCAGAUAUACAACCUUAAUGAUGAAUGAUUUUGAUCUGUUCAGGAACCGUAUAAUAAGUACACCCGUGACUGAUUUGCUCAUCCUGUAUUGAUUCAUCAGAUGGGUCCAUCGCCAGCAACACCCGCAUCCUCUCGGUUCCUGCUCUCAAAACGACCAGGCACACAUCAACCUCACGGCCAAACACCAAACCAGUCAAGCUCGGCUGCACCUUACAGAUUCUACGGCACUCCAAAAUUUUCGUCUACCACAAAACCGCUUUCGCAUCUCAGCCAUGCCGCGCCCUACUCAACUCCUGCGUUGGCUCUCAAGGCCAAGGCAUCGAGAGCUCGCGCUACACAAGAACUUCUUAUAGAAGAUAGUUCUCCCGUUCAAGAUCAGGAGCGUAGUCGACAUGAUGAAGAGGAGCCGUUACCAUCAAGAACAACUGCUGUCCGAGACAACUUACCAGAAACAAUCGACAUAGACUCGUCUCUUGUCCCACAGUCUUCUCUCCCAGAGCCAGGGGACAAUGACGAGGAGGUUGACCCCGGCCCCUUACCAAAAAGGAGAAGAAUAUCCAUUGCCACAUCAGAGCCCGAGCUCGAACCAAAGGAAGAAUGGAUUCCAAGCUCUGCCUUUCCGAUCGACUCGGACUCAGACAAUGAGCUUCCCCCAAACGAUGACCCAGAAAUCGACCACAUCAUCACCAUCUACUCUGAUGACGAUGAUGACGAACCCCCAAUACCUCACUCUUCCCCUCUGAACAUAAAAUCCGACAGCGAGUCCGACUCAGAAGCUAAACCAUCGCCAGACAAAGACACCAGACCUGCAAGGAAAGAAAUCUUUAACCCACCACCUCGCUUUUUGCAACCCCCAUCACCACCAACAUCCACCUCGCCUAUUUCCGACUCGAAGAAGUUUUCCAUCCAGAACAUAAAUCCUGAUCUCUUUUCUCCACCCAAACCUCGCCGGGGCCGCAAUCGUCGGGGGCGGGGCCAGUAUCUCACCAAUGGAUUGGCGGCUGAACUCCAAAAUUGGCUUAUUGAGGUGAAAAAAACAUCAGAAUAUACAGAUACCCCUGUCAAACAAGAGGCCGACGUGCCACAACCAUUACCACCAGGGGCAGUCCAACUAACUGUGGAGGAUGUAAAGAGAGGAGGGGAGGGGUUAAGUCUCAUCAGUGCGGCUUUACCCAACGCGCGAGUAGGAACACCUGGUAUGCAAGCUGUUUUGGCUGGUGAUGGGAGGAUAGGCUCCUUGGAAAGAGUUGAUCAUGGUCUAGAUCGGCGCAGUACGGAUAAAAGAAACGGACAGGAGCGUCUAGCUGUUGGGACGGUGGUGGCCGUUGUGCCGCCUGCUUGGGACGUUGAACUAGAGGGUGGGCUGGGGAGGUGGGCGGUUGCAUAUCGGUGGCAGGUUGUCAAGGACGCACCACAACCGCAAGUGCCCGAGAAGCAGCCAGAACCACCAGUACAACCAGUACCAGAGCCACUACCAGAACAACAUGUGGAGGAACAACACAUCAAAGUGGAAGAGUAACAACGAUAAAUGCGUAAACAUUAACAUUAACGCUUUCUUGUAGCCACCCAAGGCAGCGGCCUUUCUAUAGCAUACCCCUAAUACGCUGAAUGCGAAUGAUGCUGAUGAUGUUGCCUGAAACCCUAUUCAUACUCUAUGUCGGCCAUUUGCCCGCUUCGACACUGCAUUGGUCCCAAACACUCAAUUGGCAAAUAUCCUCACCUUGCCUUCCGUCCCAUCCACGCUCCCAGUCGCAAUCACACACCGCAUCUGCAACCCGCCAUUCGCCUCGGCACUUAUCUUCUUCGGCGUGCCAUCACCAGCAUCCCCACCAGCAAGCCCAUCCUUAGUGACUCCCGGCGCCCACCUCACACAGCUCACGAACCCGUCAAACAUGCCAGAGAGGGUCUGAACACAUUUCCCAUCCUGGCUCAAAUCCCAGCAGCGCAUCGUCCUGUCAUCUGCCACCGAGAUCAAAAACUUACCUGCUGGAUGAAAGGCCAGACCUCGGACCCAGUUGUCAUGGCCCUCUAGCACUUUGAUACAUUGUCCCCUCCUGUCCCACAGCCGUAUUUGCUUGUCACGCGAGCCCGUCGCCAUGAACUCAGCAGCACUGUUUGCUGGGGGCACCUUUUCAUGUCCCGCGAGGCGGGCGAGAUGGGGGUAUGAAGUGGAGGGUGCGAAUUCGCAGCACAACUAGCAGACCCAUGUCAGUAUAUCAAAUCAGAGACGAAAGGUUACAAAAAUGGGGGCACAUACAUUGAAAUUCUCAUGCCCAAACAUAACAACCCUACACUCCGGCUCCGUCCCCCCAAUAUCCCACAACCUAGCCGCUUUAUCACUCCCGGUGCUCAACAGCCACCUCCCAUCCGCCGACGGCGCCACCGCCCUCGGCCAGUCAUUAUGCCCCUCAAUCGUCUUGACGCAAUAACCCGUCGUCACAUCCCACAGCUUCAGCGUAUUAUCCUUACUCGCACUCACGAGCAAAUUCCCUCCCGCCCCAGCAGUGCCAUUCGCAGGAACAAACCUCACCGAGCUCACAAUAUGAUCAUGGCCGUGUAGUGUCCUGAUGUUCUUGUACUGAUCCGCCGGAUCCCACAGCUUAAUACUCAUGUCGGAACUGCAGCUUGCAAGGAGGGUAUUCCCCCUCGGCCCGCCAAAAUCCACAUCUAAGACUGCCUUGGUGUGCCCUUUGAGUGUCCUUUCCAACUCUCCGAGCUCCCAAUCCCAGAUUUUGAUCGUGUUGUCUUCUGAUGCCGAGGCCAAAGAGCUAAAGACAGGAUGGAAGGCUACCGAGGUGAUGGGCAGGCGGUGGCCUUCGAGAGUGUAUCGUGGCGGUCCCUUGGGGAGCCAAUUGGCUGGGUCCUGGUUCUUUCUCGACAGGGCUAAAGGACCGGCAUUUUCGAUCUCGUUCUUGAGGUGGGCGUUCUCUGCUUGGAGGUCUAGGACUUUUUUCUGGAGGCGGAUGACCGAGGUCCAUUUCUUUUCGAGGAGGCCUUCGUAUUGUUUUGCUUUGGCGAGGUCAAAGGUUUCUUCGGGGAGGUUGAGCUCGGCGCGGAGGGUGUUGGCUGUGGUGGCGAGGUUGAGGGAGGUGAGGUAGGCGAUGAUGGAUUUGUGUCUGGAUUUUGGUUAGCUAUCUAUGUCAUAUUUUUCUGGGAUAGAGAUAAUAGAGGGUUUAUUGGUGGGGGGAAACACACAGCUCUUCAGCCUGCCGGUCGGUUAGAAAGCUCCUUGUGGC